AUGUACAAUAUCAAAAAGAGACUCAACCAGAUCGUUGGUAAAAAGCGUAGCGGUCUGGCUCGUAACAUUGAAAGUCUCGACAGUAUCAAGCCGAGCAGCAAGAAGAAGGGGAGUAUCGAUCAAAGCAGCCUGGAGCCCAUGGAGGUGGACAAUAUUCCGCGUCCGGACUUUCGACGCCGUCUCUCGAAACAUGCUUCAUCAACCAGGCAGAACGAGCAUGAAAUGAUAUCAUCGCAGGAUGAGGAUAUCAUAAACUUCAUAAAUGACUCAUGGAACCAGUUAGUGACACCGAAUCCCAGUGGUUCUAGCAUGACAGCAAACAAUACAAUUGGUUCGGAGGAAAGCAUCUUGGUCAAUACACAGGCUGACAACGACUCAUUGGGGACUGUUUGGAUAGAGCCCCCUAGUCCAGAGCUGGCGAAUUUCAAGCCCUUCGAUUUGGAAUCCUGGUGGAGUCGUCGCUUGCUCGAGAGAGUUACCAAAGACAUAUAA